AUGUAAUACGUUCCUUUAACAGUUCAUUUGAGUGCUCUAGCCUAACUUUAUUAAUAAUGUGCUGCUUUAUCUGAGAAGCAUGAUCGACUAGCUAAAGGAUUAGACAUUUUUAAUACAGAAGUUAAUCAUUUUACAAUUGCUCCUAUAUUUGAUUAAGAAAGAAUAAUGCAAGAACAAAAUACAGAGGGUCCUUAGAUCUAAGAUUUUAGUUCAUAGAAACCCAAUACUCCAUUAUCUAGUUGUAAGACACCAGUGGAAAUAGAGUAAUAAAUAUUAUUAACUUUAUUUAGUUUGGUGACAGAUGAAGAUGCUCAAAUUGAGUAAGGAACUAAACCAAUACAAAAUGAAACUAAAAAAAUUAAGAAAAAUAAAUAAAAUGUGGAUAGUUAAAAAUUUUUAUAAUGUCCAGAAUGCUAAAAGCAUUGUAAAAAUGUUGCUGGUUUGAGAAGACAUCAAUCAAGGAUGCAUGUUGAUAAGCCUUUAAAAAAUGUUACUAAAAAAAUGUAAAACAAAAAACAAUUAGGAAAUAAUAUUCAAAACUGA